AUGGUAGAUCUAACAAUCAAUCAAAUAGAAGAGCUGGUUCAGAGCACCGAAGAAAAUGGCACAUACCAUACUACAUACUACAUCAACCAACUCCUACUACACCCUGCUAUACCCUUCACUACAACAUCAUCGUAUCCAACGAAAAAGAGAAGAAUCCAGGCUACAACAUACCACAUCAAACCUGAUCCAUACUACCAAGUAUCUAAAAAUAGAUCACCAUCAUCCUUAAAGUUUCUCAUUCAUUCACCAACUGGCAUACUAAACUGCAAGUUCACCACCAUCCGCCCAUCCCUGAUGACGCUAUUUUCUGGAUGGAUAAGUGAAUGUAUAAACCUGGAGGAUGAAAUGAAUGCAGAUAAUGUACGGUGA